AUGACCGUAGACUGGAGGUCCUUGGCAGAUGCCAAACGCCAGUCCAUCCUCGAUGCAAUUCCCGCCAAGUGGAGGAUUCAGACUCCGAUCCCAUCACCAUCCGAACUACGGGAUGUUACUGGUUACAUUGAGCAGUUCUUGACUGCUCGGGAGCUAGAGAUUACCGGAAACGAUGCCGUAGACAUCGCGAAGCGGACGACGUCUGGUAACUGGACUGCCGUGGAGGUAACGGAAGCAUUUUGCCAUAGGGCCGCUCUGGCACACCAGCUUGUGAACUGUCUGCAUGAAGUAUUCUUCGAGGCAGCUAUUGAAGACGCCAAAAGGCUCGAUGCCUAUUUUGCAGAGCACAAGAAGCCUGUUGGGCCUCUUCACGGUCUCCCGGUCAGUCUUAAAGACCAGUUUCAUGUGCGAGGCGUGGAGACAACGAUGGGAUACGUCGGCUGGAUCGGUACAAGAGGCGUAUCUGAAAGCGAGCUUGUCAGGGAGCUUCGCAACCUCGGAGCUGUGCUGUACUGCAAGACAAGUGUGCCUGCGACUCUGAUGGCAGGAGAAACAGUCAACCACAUCAUCAAGUAUACAACUAACCCGCAGAACCGACUCCUCUCGUGUGGAGGAAGCUCGGGUGGGGAAGGCGCGCUUAUCGCCCUGAGAGGCUCUCCUGGAGGGUUCGGCACCGAUAUUGGCGGUAGCGUCCGUAUUCCAGCUGUGUUUAAUGGUCUCUAUGGAAUACGUCCCUCGUCCGGCAGGAUACCUUACGAGGGUGCUGCAAACUCCAUGGACGGCCAAAAUACCAUCCUAUCUGUCAUUGGCCCGCUUGCAACAACAGCGCGCUCUCUGAGACUGCUUUUCAAGGCUGUACUCAGCCAAGAGCCGUGGUUCCAUGAUCCCCUGGUGCUCGAGGUACCCUGGCGCGAAGAUAUUGAACGAGAGGUCGGGGCUCUGGUGAAGCAGUCAGCAGCUGAUCCUUCCCAGCUUGCUUUUGCUGUUAUGCACGACGACGGGAUAACCAAGCCUCAUCCUCCUAUUGCACGGGCUAUGAAGACCGUGGAAGAGACGCUGAAAAAGCUCGGACACAGAGUCAUUGAAUGGAAGCCUCCAUCUCACAGAAUCGCAGUCGACUUGGCCGAUCAAGCUUUCACCUCCGAUGGUGGAGCAGAUAUCGAGUAUCACUUUGGCCUAUCUGGAGAAGAACCUGCUCCACAGAUCAUAGUCGCCACUAAACUCACCCACAAGACAGCUCUGGAAGUUGCAGCGUUGAAUGUCAAGAAGCGAGAAUACCAGAAGCUUUAUAUGGAAUACUGGAAUAGUACCGCUGAACUGACAGGCACCGGACGGCCGGUGGACGGACUCAUCUGUCCGUGUGCACCACACGCGGCCGUGAUUCCUCAGAAAUAUCGUCAUGUUGGUUAUACAUCAUUCGUGAAUCUGCUGGACUACACGAGUGUCGUGUUCCCGGUGACUCGUGCAGACAAAACGAUUGACGUCUCUCAACCACGAACUGACUUUUUGAGCGAGGCGGAUAAGCUAACUUAUGAAGAUUAUGAUGCUGACAUCUACCACGGGGCGCCGGCCGGGCUUCAGAUCGUCGGACGACGAUUCCAGGAGGAGAAGAUGCUGGCAUUAGCUGAGUAUAUCGGUGAAAAGGUCCAAGAGGCAUCACAAUAG